UGGCAGCAGCGGGUCACAUGCGCUUCUCUGCCAAAAGCGAGAAGCUUUGGGUAUUCGAGCCUUUCGGCUCGCUUCUAUUUAUCUGUUUUCCAAGCUCUAACACCGGCACGCACUCGCCCCAACAUAGCAGCAGCAUCCACAGCCCCACCUUCCUUCCUCCCUCGGUCUCUUCCCUUCUCCCGGCUGUCAACGCGAAACAAAAAGAGCUCCACACGAAGUUUCCUCCCAUCUCUCCCCUUCCUCCCUCCCCAAAUCCAUUACAAAAGCCGGAGAAGAGGAGCCCACGACCUUCGCCCCUUCCAUCUUUGUUUCUUUAUCCGCAUCCCUGAAACCCUCCGUGGUUGCAUCGCUGAGGCAAAGAUGGAACAAAAGAUGGUGGAUAUCGUAGCCGGAAAAAACAGGAAGAGAAAAGCAAACGAAGCAACUCAUACGAUUCCUUUCUUAUUAGAUGAGCUGAACGAAGAUCUACUUGAGAGAGUUCUCUCCUGGCUUCCUGCUUCAAGCCUCUUUCGUCUUGGUUCGGUGUGCAAGCGAUGGAGAUCUGUUGCCACUUCUGAGACAUUUCAUAUCGCAUGCUCUCAAAUACCUUCCAGAGAACCAUGGUUUCUUAUGGUCGAUCAUGAAUUCGAAGACCUGGUUGUUUACGAUACCAGCGAAAGGAACUGGAAGAGCUUCACUCAUCGAACUUGCAACCCAAAAGGCCACAAUCGCAAGGCCAUUCCUGUGGCUGCAUCUGGUGGCCUGGUGUGCUACCGCACUGGCUCUGGUGGAUUCUUCGUGUGCAAUCUUCUAACAGGAUCCUGCCGUGAGCUCCCGCCGCCAGCCGGCCAAGGUAGUGAGAGCCAUACUUUACACGCCAUUGCCAUGUGUUCUUCUUCAACCAAGCCAACUUUCUUCAAGAUUGUACUAGUCUUGGGGAAACCACCAAACCUUGUCUGCAGAGUCUUUGAUUCAGUGAGGUCUACAUGGGAAGAUGAAAUCACAUUGCUUGAGAAAGCUGAUAGUUCCUCAGAGUCUCAAAUUAUGGGAGAAGAGAUUUUCUACUUCCUCAGUAAAGCAGGAGAUGUGGUUGCCACAAACAUGCAGAGGAGCCCCUCUAAACAAUACUCAUCCGUCCUCAUCACAGAAAACAGCGAACAGGUUGUAUAUUUCCUCAGCGAGACAGGAACUGUUGUGGCUUGUAAUCUAACUCAGAAAACAUUCUUCGAGUACCCUAGAAUUCUGCCGAUCUACUUUGAGUACUCAAUAGAUGUGGUUGGUUGCAAGGGAGAGAUGCUAGUUGUCGUCUUGUCUGAAUUCCUGGAAACCGCGAGCCUGAGGGUCUGGAAGUUCUCCAAGGAAGACAAAUCGUGGAAGCAAGUAGCUGCCAUGCCGCCGGCAAUGUCACAUGAGUUCCACGGGCAGAAGAUGGACAUAAACUGCACCUCAUACCAGGAUGUGAUCUUCAUAUGUGCCAGUUCGAGCGAAAGCAGCAGAUACAUAAUGUUCAGCAUGGAAGACGAAGAGUGGGUAGAGUUGCCAAGAUGUAAUGUGAACGGGAAACCCAGGGAGUUCAUGUCUGCCAUCUCGUUCGAGCCAAGAGUGGAAGCUACUGUCUGACUGCAGAUGAUUGUUUUUUUUUUCAAUGGCUAUUUCUAUCGAUUUGAUUUCUUGAUUCUAAGAUUUGCAAAUUGCUUGUUGUUGUGUGCUGAUCUUAGGCCAUGCAUCCACUGUAUAUUUUUCAUUAUGGUGCAUUUGAAUCCACCUUCUUUUGCCCAUGGAAAGGCUGGUUCCUGUUACAGGGAAUCUCUUAGUUCAACCUUUACCCUGUGAAUCUCCAUGGUUUGGUUUCCCCUUCAAAAGAAAAGAGCCUCGCCUGCUUUGGAGGCUUUAUGUUA